AAUAUAUUAUUAUAUAUUAUAUAAGUAUAUAGAUCUAGAAUAAGGGUAAUCUAUUGUUUUGGGUACGUAAAAUCGCCCGCGGCUAUUAAUGUACGAAAACGUUACCUCAUUGUCAAGGCUUUAAUAGAAGUAUAGUGUCAUAUGUUUGUGUCAAAUAUUAUAGAUAAAUGAAUAAUAAACCUAAAUCAAUGGCUAAAUAUAUCGAUAUAGGCCAGAAAUUAACUUUAAGCAGCAGUGUCUGAGAGCAAGAUUUGCUAUAUACACAGCAGCCAUUUGUAAAAUAGAGUGGCUUCCCCCUGAAUCUUGCGCUAAAAGCUUAUAAAAAUAAAACUUAAACAAGAUGGCUGCUAUAGUAAAUGAGCAUGGUUGCAUCUGUUGGAAACAUCGCUAGUCUUCAUUUAUUACGGAAACGUUUUAAUUCAAUUGUUUAAAAACAGAUCCAGUGAACAGAUUUAGAUCUAGAUCUCUAGGUGCAGUGACCAUUCAACAGGAUGACGGAAAAUAUUUAUUUAUUCGUACCAAACAUUAUUGAUUACUUGAGAAUUUUGUUUGCUUUUAUUUCAUUUUACUAUAUGCCCACUGAGCCAAGCACAGCCACUGCGUUUUAUCUUUUGAGUGGAUUUCUUGAUGCCUUUGAUGGCCACUUGGCUAGGAUGUUGAAUCAAUGUAGUAAACUUGGAGCCAUGUUAGACCAGCUGACAGACAGGAUCACAACAAUGUGUUUGUGUGCCACCCUCUGCCACCUGUACCCCAACUACAUGCUCUUCUUCCAGUUUGCUAUGGCCCUGGAUAUCUUUAGCCACUGGAUGCACUGUCAGAGUGCUGUACAAAGAGGGAGCACAAGCCACAAAAAAAUCGACCUCUCUGCCAAUCCCAUACUGAGGUACUAUUACCACAGUCAGGCUGUCUUGUUCACCAUGUGUGCAGCUAAUGAAUUAUUUUUUUGUAUGCUGUAUUUAAACUACUUCAGUACUGGACCUAUCAUCCCCAUCAUUGGUGUUGGGCUAUGGAAGCUGAUCUGGGUGAUGUGUUUCCCGCUGGCCGUGUUGAAAAUGUUGAUCAGCUGCAUUCAGCUGGGAGCUGCCUGUGAAAACUAUGCCAUUAUGGACAGAGAGGACCGGUCGAAACAAACUACAGGACAGACUAUAGAACAGCAGAAAAAAUUGGAAUAAAAAUUGCCCGGACAAAAACUAUCGAUGAAGGGAUGAUACAACUUGGACAAGAUGGCAUGCCCAUAGGCAAGAUGGCAUGCCCAUAACUUUGGCAGUCAGCUAUGGAUGAGUCAUCAGAGUUUUUCUUUCUCAUACUUUGUUUGACCUGCAAGACUUGUACCAUAGGCUUGCCAUGUUUGUAUGUAAGGAGAAAAUUUGUUCAGGCCGUCAAUAGUUUGUAUGUAAGGAGAAAACUUGUUGGCUGUCAAUAGUUUGUUUGUAAGGAGAAAACUUGUUGGCUGUCAAUAGUUUGUAUGUAAGGAGAAAACUUGUUGGCUGUCAAUAGUUUGUUUGUAAGGAGAAAACUUGUUGGCUGUCAAUAGUUUGUAUGUAAGGAGAAAACUUGUUAUGGCCGUCAAUAGUUUGUAUGUAAGGAGAAAACUUGUUGGCCGUCAAUAGUUUGUAUGUAAGGAGAAAACUUGUUGGCUGUCAAUAGUUUGUUUGUAAGGAGAAAACUUGUUGGCCGUCAAUAGUUUGUAUGUAAGGAGAAAACUUGUUCUGGCCGUCAAUAGUUUGUAUGUAAGGAGAAAACUUGUUGGCUGUCAAUAGUUUGUUUGUAAGGAGAAAACUUGUUGGCUGUCAAUAGUUUGUAUGUAAGGAGAAAACUUGUUAUGGCCGUCAAUAGUUUGUAUGUAAGGAGAAAACUUGUUGGCCGUCAAUAGUUUGUAUGUAAGGAGAAAACUUGUUCUGGCCAUCAAUAGUUUGUAUGUAAGGAGAAAACUUGUUGGCAGUCAAUAGUUUGUAUGUAAGGAGAAAACUUGUUGGCCGUCAAUAGUUUGUAUGUAAGGAGAAAACUUGUUGGCUGUCAAUAGUUUGUAUGUAAGGAGAAAACUUGUUCUGGCCAUCAAUAGUUUGUAUGUAAGGAGAAAACUUGUUGGCAGUCAAUAGUUUGUAUGUAAGGAGAAAACUUGUUGGCCGUCAAUAGUUUGUAUGUAAGGAGAAAACUUGUUGGCUGUCAAUAGUUUGUAUGUAAGGAGAAAACUUGUUCUGGCCAUCAAUAGUUUGUAUGUAAGGAGAAAACUUGUUCUGGCCAUCAAUAGUUUGUAUGUAAGGAGAAAACUUGUUCUGGCCAUCAACAGUUUGUAUGUAAGGAGAAAACUUGUUGGCCGUCAAUAGUUUGUAUGUAAGGAGAAAACUUGUUCUGGCCAUCAAUAGUUUGUAUGUAAGGAGAAAACUUGUUCUGGCCAUCAAUAGUUUGUAUGUAAGGAGAAAACUUGUUCUGGCCAUCAAUAGUUUGUAUGUAAGGAGAAAACUUGUUGGCCGUCAAUAGUUUGAUGUUGUAACAACCAAUGCUUGGCUUGAGCCCAAGUGUCAUGUGUAGUAGCUUUACACCUUUUAUAUUUCUUCCUUUGAUUGUUCAACAGCCAACUUGUAACAGUUCAUUUGUCCAUACGCGUGUCAAGUUGUUUUGUCAGUGUCAGAAUAUUGUUUAAUGUAACACACAACACAUUUUAGAUGAAGUGUUUUGUUAUUGUAGUGUUGGGAGAGAUUUAUUAAAAAAACAAUAAAAACUUGAAAAUAAAAUUU